CCGGGGACUUCGGAGGUCCAAAUGGUUGCUUGUAUUUUAGUUUUCGUAGUAUUUUCAUUUGUACUUUAUACAAGCUUAAGCACCAAUGGAAACAGUCGAUUCACGGCAACUGCCUCUGCUAUUCGGCAGAUUUGGUCCGGCAGUUGCCGAUUGUCCUGCAGACAUAGUCAGUGCAGUACCCUGAGCGGACUGAGCGGCCUGGCCCAGGGCCAUCAUACCAUCGACGAAGAUAGUGUUCCUGGUCCUAGUAAUGAUUGUAUUUGUGAAUCAUGUCCUUGUGCACUUAUUGAAGACUUUCUCAGGAAAUGCAGUCCCGCUACUAAUGUAUAUUCACAAAUUAUAGAAAUACUAGCAAACUACUAUGAAAAUGUGGUGAAUACGGUUACAUAUCUGUACAUGUACUUGAAUAGAGUGGUCGAGUGUCGGACAUCGUGCCAGAGACAAGCUCAGUUCAUUGAAAGUAGUAGCUACGAUACUAAUGAUAAUACUGAUGUUAAAAAACAUGAACAUGAACACGGUGAACAAGACACGGACAAUAAACGAAAUCAAUUGUAUUCUGACCCUCAACCUGAAACGUCCAAACGAAAAUCAACAGCAUACGAAAGACUGCAAAAUAAACUUAAGAGAAAAAAUAGUAAUAUUUUGGAAUUUGACAAGAAAUCUAAGAAUAUUGAUGUACCUAACAAAACAGACAACAAAAUUUGCAAACAAGAAAAUAAUAAUGAUGACGUAGAUAAUGAAAAAGAAUUUGAUAAUAAGAAAACACCUCUAGAACAAAAGCUUGUUAUAUCAGAUGAUACUUUGCAGACUACAGAUGAUUCCAUAAAUACAUUAAAUAGUUGUCCUAAAUGUGUUGAAAAGGGGAGAGUCUGUAUUCCUAAUUGUCCAAAGGCAAGGAACAGUAAAAAACGAUAGAUCUUUUUUUGUUAUUGAUAAUUUUGAAGGA